UUAUGAAGCAGUCAUCAUCUGUGGCAGUCUCACCUGGCCGGCUCCAUGGCAAAACAAGACUUCUUUAUGUAUUUUUAUUUAUUUUCUGUCGUUUAUUUUCUGCAGCUCUCUUUGUCCUUUGAUCAAGUGUCUGCGGUUGUGGAAAAAAGUUUAGCGGGGCCCACAUCCCAAGAUAUCAGGGUUCAAAACAAUGGGUUGGCUGCCCAGAGCCACAGUGCUGCUUCCGAUGGGGAGAGUUCUUCGCUUAUAGCGGAGGACCCUCUCAGGAGAGUCCUGCAGCCCUAUGAGUGGCAGCUGGACUCCCCACACAGAACCAAACGGAGCCUACUGCAGACAUCCAGCAUUCUUCCUUACUCUCCUCUGAGCGUGGUUUACAACAGCAAAACAUGUAUCCUGUUUCGGGCCAGGAAGCUUGCUAUCAGGUUCAGGAACAGCACCUUAGUGGAUCUCACAGAGAAGGCCUUCGGCCCCGAUGCACCAGUGGACACCAAAGGCUCUAUGUGCAGCAAAGACAAAGCUACGCUUGUACUACGUUUCGGAGAUGUGGAGGACUUGAGAGGACUUGCAAUUAGACUACAAAUGUCCAACACAUUCUAUGAGUCGGCAGGGCAGAACUGGUUYACUCUGGACAGCGUACACAUCCACUACAACUGGACCCACGAGGCAACGUUCAACGCCACCGAUGUUUACGCUCCUAGUACCCACUCCUACCACUGUCAGCACGUCAGCAGUCUGCAGAAGUACGACACGCUGCUCGUACCCAGCUCCAUCACAGACAACUCUGCAAACUGGCACAUCACCUUCACAGACUUCCAGAUACAAUCGUUCAAUGUGCUGUCCAACAAGUUUGGCUCAGCCAGCGAUUGCGCUACGUUCUUCACUCCGGCAAUCCUCAUGGGUCUGAUCACCUCCCUCAUCCUUCUCCUGGUCCUGGCCUACGCGCUGCACAUGGUGGUGCACCUCAAACACAUCGACACCUACGAAGAACACAAGACCACCGUCUACUUCCCCCGCAGCACAGAGACUGCAGAAUGCUCCGGCACCACCAGCUCCGCUGCCACUGAAAAAAACAGCUUGUAGGACUCCGUUUCCCAGGAUCCACCUCAGUCUCCACCACUAGGAGUAUACUGUAAACUGUUUCUGUAGGUGUCAGUGAGUGACUAUGCAGGGGCUCUGACUAUGAGUUCUCUGAUAGCUGGCAGACUGACCGACUGACUGACUAAACUCAAUAUAUAAAGCAACCUCCCAUACUGAAGGGACAGAAAGACAUGGUCAUAUAGUCUGAACCUGAUAUGGUUGUCCACUUUUGCAUCACUGGGCUCAAGCAGUGGUUGUUCAAGCCAGGUAGUUCUAAUAAUUUGUGGCUCAGCAUCAUCUGSUGGAUUUGGAUACAGCUUUGGAGGUGAUCCUGAGACAUUGACCAGUUAUCGGGCAUUGCAAAUCAAAAACAAACUAAAUAUUAUGUACUCUUGAAUGAAAUUCAAACUGAUAUAAGAACAAAAAAGUAUUCAUUUAGUUCCUUGUCAGUACUAUAAAUGCUGGUAUAUAUACUGGAUAAAGAAGUUUCAUUUUAAUAACAAAACCGUACCCUAAAGGGUACAUACCGUAAAGGGUACAUACCGUAAAGGGUACAUACCCUAAAGGUAAUGCAGUAUAUACUUUUAUGUAAUUAAUGAAUCAAUGUGUUACAUUCUGGUGUUUCAGACCUGUGUUUUCAAGAACUUGUGUUAUUACGAGCUUUUGUGAAAAUAAUACUGUAUGUACAUUUCGGGCCCGUAUCCACAAAGCGUCUCAASAGUAGAAAAUUGUUCGGAAAUUCUAAUAGAGACAUUUUACUCCUACUCUUAUUSGUAAAAAUAAAAGCUAUGCAUGAGUCCUCUUUAGUCAAUAAAGUCCCACCUAGUUGACAGAAAUUUAGGCGACCUCAUGAGCUGUCCUAAAGUACAUUUUUUAGCCUAGUGCGUUGAAGAAUUUAGGCAUAUCAUGUGAAAUAGGCUUGUGAAGUCAUUGUCAAAUAAGCAAGAGAUACUGUUGUAUGUAGGUCUAGAUUAUUUAUGGGUGGAUCAUAUAUAAAUAUCAAAACAUUAUUUUAAGGAUCAUAUAGCCAGGAGUAAAAUCAACUCAUAAAAGUUUAUCUCAGCUGGUAAUCACAACAUUUUGAGAUAGUGCAAAGUAAAGACAGUGAUGAUGCUCAUUGACGUUGCUGCAAAUKAUGGGGAAUAACCAAUUGUGACUCAAAAGCAAUUCCAUGUGGCGCAGGAACCACUGACUCGCUGCCUUUUUCUAUUAUUAAGACUCCUGCUGGUAACUCUUAACUGGUUAGCCUUUCUAGGACACAUGUUCCGCUAGCGGAACCCCACCACAACAUUUCGCUGAAAAGGCAGCGCGGGAAAUUCAAAAAUAUMUUUU